AUGACCGACGAUCAGCGACUUGGCGCCGAGCUCAUCGCCAUCGUGGGCAGCGCAUGCCGAUUUCCAGGAGAUGCAACUUCACCCGCCAAGCUCUGGGACCUGCUCAGGGAACCUCGAGAUGUAUUGACGGAGAUACCCGAAAGUCGAUUCAAUCACAAAGCAUUCUACCAUCCAGAUGGCUCACACCAUGGAACCAGCAACGUCCGUCAUUCCUAUUUGUUGUCCGAUGAUCACCGUUUAUUCGACGCGCAAUUCUUCGGAACCAAACCGAUCGAAGCAAAUUCAAUCGAUCCCCAGCAAAGACUUCUGUUGGAGACGGUCUAUGAGGGAUUGGAAUCUGCCGGCAUCCCCAUGGAGCGACUUCAAGGAUCCGACACGGGCGUGUUUGUUGGACUAAUGACAAAUGACUAUGCGGAUCUCUUAGGCAGAGAUAUUCAGAACUUCCCAACAUACUUUGCGUCUGGCACGGCAAGAAGUAUCCUGUCAAACCGUGUUUCCUAUUUCUUCGACUGGCAUGGGCCGUCUAUGACGAUUGAUACAGCUUGCUCCUCCAGUCUGAUUGCGAUGCAUCAAGCUGUGCUAAGUCUGCGAAAUGGUGAAAGCAAGGUGGCCGUGGCAGCAGGCACUAAUUUGCUACUGGGACCCGAGCAGUACGACGCAGAUGGGUACGCUCGUGGUGAAGGUAUUGCUGCUGUCAUCCUGAAACCUCUGAGCGCAGCACUUGCCGAUGGGGAUCAAAUCGAAUGUCUCAUUCGUGAGACUGGGAUCAACCAGGACGGGCGCACCAAGGGCAUCACCAUGCCGAGUCCAAGUGCUCAAGCAGAUCUCAUUCGGGCAACUUAUAGUAGAGCAGGACUGGAUUUGGCCAAUCCGAGAGAUCGUCCGCAAUAUUUUGAGGCCCAUGGCACCGGAACUCCUGCCGGCGACCCAGUCGAGGCUCAAGCUAUCAGCAAUGCUUUCUUCGGACCAGCAGCCAAUUAUCGACGGGCCAGUCAAGAAACGCCCUUCAUGCCAUCAUUCCCCCCCAAUCUUCUUCUGAAAGAACUUAAUCCAUCGGUGCGACCAUUUUACAAUGAUCUCUUGAUUGCAGAAUCCGCAGAGAAAUGGCCAGCCCUGCCAAGCCAGACACCACGUCGAGCUAGUGUCAACAGCUUUGGAUUCGGAGGAGCCAACGCCCAUGCGAUCUUGGAAGCCUAUGAAGAUUUGCUCACCAUUCAUCUUUAUGAAGAUGAGAAAAUUAUGCUAAUCCCUUUCAACUUUUCUGCCUCCACCGAAAAGUCGCUCCUCACGACUCUCGGGGCAUAUUCAGCAUACCUCAAAGCCCAAGGCAAUGUCAAUCUCUACGACCUAUCAUGGACUUUGAACAGUCGCCGCUCUACAUUGCCUUUCCGAGUAUCAAUAUUCGCCUCUAGUCUCGCCGAGCUGACGACAAGACUGGACAAAGCGGCUAGUUCACCUUCGGAGCUCACGCCAGGAACGCAAACGAGGAGUAUCAGAAAGCCCAAGCUACUUGGCAUCUUCACUGGCCAGGGUGCUCAAUGGGCCCGAAUGGGAGCUGAGCUGCUGGAAAACUCUCCGUUAGCCGCUAAGUGUAUCGCCCGUCUUGAUUUGUCCCUUCAAGCACUCCCGGAAGAUGAUCGUCCCUCAUGGUCCCUGAAGGAUGAAAUCCUCAAGAAUUUAGACUCUUCUCGUAUUGGCGAAGCUCUCUUCUCGCAAACACUUUGUACUGCAGUACAGAUCAUGCUCGUCGACCUUUUGCGUGUGGCAGGCAUUUCCUUCACGGCUGUCGUUGGUCAUUCAUCCGGGGAGAUUGCAGCGGCCUAUGCUGCUGGUUAUUUUUCUGCUGAGGAUGCUAUCAGGAUAGCGUAUUACCGAGGGUGGUCACUGCAGAAUGCACCAGACCGUGCUGGGGUCAAGGGCGCAAUGAUGGCAGUCGGAACAUCUCUUGAGGACGCCAAAGAACUUUGCAAUAUGCCGACACUGGAGGGUCGAAUAUGCGUUGCUGCCAGCAAUUCUCCUGCAAGUGUUACGCUUUCUGGUGAUGCUGACGCUAUUGAGGAAGCCAAGACGAUCUUUGAGGACGAGAAGAAGUUUAGGCGCUUGCUGAAAGUGGAUAAAGCGUACCACUCCCACCAUAUGAUUCCCUGUGCCUCUCCGUACAUCGAAGCCAUACAAAAAUGUGGUAUCAUGAUCCAGAGCCGGUCUGCGAGCAAGGCUCAAUGGUUCUCCAGUGUUUACAGCAAGAACAUCGAUGACGUUCAUGACAGCCUGACUGACACUUAUUGGAGCAACAACAUGAUCAAUCCUGUGAUGUUUUCCCAGGCUGUGAGCUUUGCUGUUGCUGCCGCCGGGCCCUUCGACUUUGCUUUGGAAGUGGGACCUCACCCAGCGCUGAAAGGGCCUGCUUUGCAAACAAUCCAGGAAAUAUCCGGCACUAUGCCUCCUUACUCCGGAAUGCUGAGUCGAGGUAAAAGCGACAUCGAGACGUUUGCGUCUGCACUUGGCGCUUUGUGGAUUUCACUCGGCGAGGAUGCCGUUAACUUUGAAGCCUUUGAGAGCCAAGCGUCGCUGCAUACUCGCAAGCCGAGACUUUUGAAAGGGCUUCCCGCUUACUCGUGGGACCAUGAUCGCAUCUAUUGGCAUGAGUCUCGGAUCUCAAGUACCUUCAGAGCUGGAAAUAGCAAUUUUCACCCUCUCUUGGGUGUUAAAUGUCCCGAUGGAACAGACAAAGAGCUGCGUUGGAGAAAUUAUUUAAACCCACGUGAAAUUCCAUGGCUUAUGGGUCAUCAAGUGCAAGGUCAAAUGGUUUUCCCUGCUGCAGGAUACGUUUCCGCAGCGACAGAAAUGGUAGUAGACCGAUACGGGCUGGAUUCGAUUAACCUGAUUGAUUUCCAAGAUGUGAUAAUUGGUCAAGCUUUGGUCUUGGAAGAAGACACAGGAGUUGAAAUUAUCUUUGCUCUCACGAUCACUCAGAAUAACAGCAACACUUUGAUGGGGUCAUUCAAUUGCUACUCCGAUGCCAACAAAGGAUCAUCUUCAUUGUCUCUCCAUGCGUCCGCCCAGGUUCAUAUUCUUCUCGGUGUACCAGCACACGAUGCACUGCCACCACCCACCAGAGACCUUCAUUCAUUUUUGGAACUCGACGCUGAGCGAUUCUAUAACUCCGUGACAGAGCUCGGAUUUGGCUACACCGGGCCUUUUCAGGCACUUUCUGGGCUCAGCAGAAAAAUGGACGAAGCUGCUGGUAUGAUUGCCGUACCAACCAAUGACAGUGCUGAGGCUGCUUUGAUCAUCCAUCCGGCUUCUUUGGAUGCUGCCAUCCAGUCCGUCAUGCUGGCUUAUUCUUUCCCUGGUGACGGACGCUUACGCAGUCUGUUCCUGCCUACUAAAAUUAAUCGCAUCCGAAUCAACCCAUCCAGCUGCGUCGCAUUCGCUCGACCAGAUACAAACGUUCGGUUCUACUCCGCAGUUGCGAGCACCAAAUUUGCAAGGCUGUCUGGUGAUGUGAACAUGUACUCUGCAGAUGGACGCUACACAAUGGUCCAGCUUCAAGGGCUCAAUACAACUCCGCUAACUCCUCUGUCAUCUGCGACCGAUGUAACAAUGUUCACCGAACUUACAUGGGCCUAUGAGGAGCCUACUGGAAGAAACAUGUACUCUGACGAUUGGUUCAAAGAGGACCUUUCGCAAUCUCUGGAUCUUGAGCGUGUUGCACAUUUCUAUCUGAGGAAACUACAUUGUUCCUUCCAGCAGACGGAUCAUUCGACAAUUGCAUGGCACCACCAACACCUUCUUACGUACGCAAAUCACUGCGUUUCACUUGUCGCCUCUGGAAAUCACCCAUUCGCACGACCUGAAUGGGCUCAUGAUACCAAAGAAACGAUUUCGGAGAUUCUGAAAAGACAGCAAGAUAGCAUUGAUGUCAAGUCCAUGGCAGCUGUUGGCGACAUUCUGCCUUCUGUUGUCCGAGGGCACAAAACCCUCCUUGAUAUUUUGAUGAAGGACAACCUACUCUCGGACUUUUAUUCCAACGCACUUGGAGCGCGGUCCUAUUUGGAUGAGUUGGCUCGGAUCACCGGCCAAAUCAGUAAUCGCUAUCCGCAUAUGAAUCUUCUGGAAAUAGGUGCGGGAGCUGGCGAGUCCACCGAAGCCGUGCUUCGUGAGAUGGAUACGGCAUUUGCUUCUUACACAUACACGGAUUUAACGGACUCUAUGUUCGACGUUGCUCGAGAGAAACUUGACGAGUACCAAGCGCGAAUGGCUUUCAAAGUUCUCGACAUUGAGGGAGACGUGGCUGAGCAAGGAUUCCUUGAGGAGUCUUACGAUGUUGUCAUUGCCUCCUUGAGUCUGUAUGCAACCAGCAAUCUUGAAGCUACGCUUUGCAAUUUGACUGACCCAAAUGUGAUGCGAUUUGGCUUGGUUCUUGGUGGACUCAGCGGCUGGUGGCAAGGGCAUCAAGAAGGGCGCGUCUUGUCACCCUGCAUUUCAGUUGAUGGGUGGAGCGAGCUCAUGACUAAGAGCGGAUUCUCCGGUGUCGAUGCCUGUGUAUCUCGUCACCCAGACUUACCCAUACCUUUCUCAAUAAUGGUGACUCAAGCCGUGAACAGUCGCAUCAAUUUUUUGCGCAAUCCUUUCCUACAAAAUGAGCAUGUUCUCUGGGUUGAACGACUCACCAUCAUCGGCGGAAAAACUGACCAGACCACUGCGAUCAUCACAGACAUUAUCAAUGCAGUUGGUCCAAACUACAACACCAUUUCUGUUUCUCCAUCCCUCGACGACAUUAACCCUGACGAGCUCCCAGUAAUGGGGACUGUUCUCAGCUUGGCUGAGCUGGAUGAGCAUGCUUUUGUUUCCAUGACGCCGGUAAAAUUGAGGUCCCUCCAAGAAUUAUUCACAAAAUGCAAGAAUAUACUCUGGGUGGGAUAUGGGGCCCAAGGAGAUAAUCCAUUUGCGCAAAUGGUCACGGGUGUGCAAAGAACCCUCGUCAUGGAGAUGAACCACCUGCGAAUUCAGUCCCUUAACUUAGAUACUCUUGAUGAUGCCCGGAGUGACUUGAUUGCAACCAGGCUGCUUCAACUUCAGGCUGUCGACAUUUGGAGCCAAGAGGGUCAAAUGAACGACCUAUUGUGGUACACGGAGCCAGAGAUGGCCCUGAGAGAUGGCAAGACACUCAUCCCAAGAUUCCGGCCGAACUUAGAGCAAAAUGAUCGGUAUAACUCCUCGAAGCGGCUCAUCCUCAAGUCAGUCGAUCGAAAACAGUCUGUCGUCAACAUCCAGAAGUCUGAGAGCGGCUACGAAGUUCUGGAGACAAGUCCUCCCAGCUCCUUCUCGUUUAUGGACCAGUAUGAUAUUGAAGUCACGAGUUCUCUACUUCGACCUGUCGAGAUUACUGAAACUGUAAGGCUCUUCCUGGUGACUGGGAAGGACAUUCGGGACGGUAGCCAAGUCAUCGCACUAUCUGAGACAUUAAACUCCCGCAUCCGAGUACCUCGUUCGUGGAUGAUCAUAGUUGGAAAGUCCGCAGAAGAGGCAAUUUGCUCGAUGCUCAGCCUCUAUGUUCAUCUUUUGGCCCAGUCCAUAGUGAAGAGGAUUCCCCCAGGGAAGACGUUGGCCGUUCUGGAUGCGGACUUUGCAAUGGCGGCUGUUUUGACACAAUACGCAAACCAGAGAGGUGUCAACUUAGUUCUGUUUACAACAAACGAGGGCGGACUCUCGUGGCCAUGGGUCCAUAUACAUCGCCAUUCAACUCGUCGGGAUUUGAUCAACAAAGUCACAGACAGUAUCGCUCUCUUGUUCAACGCCGGGGACGAAGAACUUGUCACUGUUGUCCUAAAAGAGGUCCUACCUAAGGCAUGUCUCUUUGAAAAUGAGAAUACCAUCACCGGAGAGACAGCCCGAUUCUCGUCCAUAUCAGCGAUGGAACAAGUGGUCUCGCAAUUAGAAACAACUUGGUCCAGAGCUUACAGCGACCAGAAACCAAUUAACAUGCAAAGAUAUGGGAAGUUUAACUUGAAAGAUCUCAUUGAAGGCCAGCAGGAAUCACUUCCGCAAUGUUUGGUUUCUUGGGACAGCCCCCGUCUCCCUGUCCAGAUUCUCCCGGCUACUAAGGUGGCUACUUUCGCCAAGGACAAGACAUAUUGGCUGGUUGGACUGACCGGGGGGCUUGGUCUCUCUUUAUGCAAGUGGAUGGCUCGUCAAGGCGCCCGAUAUAUUGCUCUAUCCAGCCGCAAUCCAAAGAUAGACGAUGAUUGGGUUCGAGGAAUGGCGCGAAACGGCUGUACUGUGCGGAUUUUCCAGAAUGAUAUCACGGACCGUGAUUCUGUUUACAAUACUCAUCGCCAAAUACUGCAAGCUAUGCCUCCAAUAGGUGGUGUUGCACAGGGAGCAAUGGUUCUUCAAGAUACGAUGUUCCUUGAUCUAGACGUCGAUCGCUUCGACAAGCCGCUCAAGCCGAAGCUUGAUGGCAGUCUCUUGUUAAAUGAACUUUUCUCUGAGAAUUCCUUGGAUUUCAUGAUCUUCUUCUCUUCAAUGGCUGCCAUAACUGGGAACCCCGGACAGGUCGCCUACAACGCCGCGAACAUGUUCAUGGCGGGCCUGGCCGCUCAACGCCGCAAGCGGGGCCUGGUAGGGCAAGCGAUCAAUAUUGGCGCCAUUGUUGGUAAUGGAUAUGUCACGCGAGAGUUGAAUAUGGGUCAGCAAUCUUAUCUUUAUCGAGUCGGCCACUCGUGGAUGGCUGAGCAAGAUUUCCUGGAGGUAUUUGCGGAAGGUGUCCUCUCCUGUCAAGAAGGAGCUGGCGGCCUUGGCCCAUGCAGUGGCCUUCGAAUCGACGAUGACGAUUCUAAGAAUUGGGUGACUAACCCCAUGUUUCAGCAUCUUGUGCUCAAAUCCAACACCCUAAUUGCGGGAGAUAAGAAGAACAAGGCAGGAAUCAUGGUGAGGACUCGUCUUCUUGAGUCGAGCUCACACAGCGAAGUGAUGGAAAUUUUACAAGAAACGUUCCUACAGAAGCUUCAAUCUGCUCUGCAAGCUGAUGCUGAAAAGCUCAAUCUUGAUUCGAGUCCUGACGAACUGGGAGUUGACUCGUUGAUUGCUGUUGACCUCCGAUCGUGGUUUAUCAAGGAACUCGGCGUGGAUAUCCCUGUGUUGAAGAUCUUCAAUGCGGCAUCUAUCCGCGAUCUGCUUGAUUUGGUAGCAAGUCUUCUCCCGGAGUCCUCAAUUCCGAAUGUGGCUCAACAGCGCGAAGCUGAAGCCAAUGUGCCAAUGGAAUCCAUGAUAGAGCAGCGGAAAGCCGAAAGCUUGAGUUCAUUUGCACAACUUCCUGGAACUGUGGCAAGUUUCAGGAGUCCGGAUGAGCUUAAGACCUUCCACCUCGAGUACCUGCAAUCUCCUGACGAGGAAAAUGGUAGUGGUAGCUCUCAUACAUCCUUGAAAGGAGAUGAAUCCGGCUCCGAUCAGAGCGACGAUAAUUCCUCGGCUUCGUCACUCAUCAAUGGGGAGAGCACGAGUCCGAAGCGUCGAAUCGAAAGAGUCACUCCAAUGUCGUUCGGACAAUUACGAUUUUGGUUUUUGAGGCUGUUAGUGCCGAAUCAGACUGCCUUCAACGUGACCCCUACUUUUGAGCUCACGGGAAGACUCCGAGUCGAUGAUUUUGCAAGAGCAGUCAAGGCCGUCGGUCAACGCCAUGAAGCCUUGCGGACAUGUUUCUUUACGGACGACAAUAAUCAACAUAUGCAAGGUAUAUGGUCAGAUUCGUCUGUAAGAUUCGAACACAGCUUUGUUGCCAACGCAAAGGACUUUGAAAAUGCCUCGCAGCGGAUGAAGAACCACAUCUUUGAUGUCGCUGACGGGGAAAUACUUCGUGUCCACGUUCUCUCCUCGACACCGGAUCAUCACUGGGUCAUCUUCGGCUUUCACCAUAUCAAUAUGGACGGAAUGAGCUUCGAAGUACUAUGGUCUGAAAUUGGGACCGCGUACAAAGGACUACCUUUGACGCGAGAGACCAUGCAAUACGCAGACUUUGCAGACAGACAGCGACGAGAGUUCGAAGCGGGGGAUUGGUCAGAGGACCUGGCCUUUUGGAGAGACAGUUUUGUUGAAACUCCAUCUACAACCCCAUUGCUCCCAUUCUCCUUGAAGCUAGCACGGCCCGCUGUUUCAAGCUUUUCCUCUCAUUGGAAACAUUUCCGGCUCGAGCGAGGUCUGUCGGACGACGUUGAGAAAUGCUGUCUAAUGUUUAAAGUGUCUCUUUUCCAUUUCUACCUGGCAACCUGGCAAAUUUUUUUGCUACGUUUGUUUGAUGUUGAUGACAUUUGCGUUGGUCUUGCCGAUGGAGGACGCACGAAUGGUGAUAUAUUGCAAAGUGUCGGCCUUUUCUUGAAUAUGCUUCCACUUCAAUUCCACCGUCAAUCCUCUCAGUCCUUUAGCGAAGCUCUGAGAGAUACCAAAAAGAUCACGCAACAUGCAAUGGCACACUCCCGCGUACCUUUCGACGUGCUUCUUGCGGAGCUCAAUGUCCCCCGAUCGGCAUCCUACAAUCCGCUCUUCCAGAUCUUCUUCAAUUAUCGGAAGGUUGAAGAGUCUCGGGACUUUUGCGGCUGCAAGGCAAAAGGGUCGCUGUUUGCAAGCGGCGAGACUUCGUAUGACAUUCAUCUGGACAUUGUCGAUUUUGGAAACGAAGGAACAGAGCUAUACGUUCUCGUCCAAGACGACCUUUAUGCUCCGGAACAUGCAGAGAUCUUUCUCCACAGCUACUGCAAUCUGCUUCGAUCAUUUGCAAAAAAUCCCGCAACUAGAGUUUCCUGGCCUUCUUUGUUCCCAGACGAUGAUAUUGAGGCAGCAUUAGUCGCAGGACGAGGCCCUGAGUUGCGAGAGCAAUGGCCAAGCACAAUUGUGCAUCGAGUGGAUGAGAUCUCCCAAGCCUACGGCGAUCGUACCGCCUUGAAAGAAGAGAAUGGUGGUGAGGUUACUUACUCGCAACUCGAAGACCGUGUUGGAUCGAUCUCAAAUGAGCUGCUCAGCAAGGGGUUCAGUGCUGGGGCCCGGGUGGGAGUGUUCCAGUCUCCCGGAGCAGACUGGAUAUGCUCUCUUCUGGCUAUCAUGCGUAUUGGAGCGACCUACAUUGGCUUAGACAAGAAGGUUGGCAUGGAACGACUUGCAAUGAUUGCUGCUGAAUCAGGGCUUGGAGCCGUUAUCGUGGACUCUUCCACUGUGUCGGAUUUCCACCUUCUUGGCAGCAAAGCAGAAAUGUUAGAUGUCCGCAUUAUCUCACAAAGUGCGAAGAUCGCGAUACCAAACAUGGCGCUCCCAAACCAAACAGCCAUCGUUAUGUAUACGAGUGGCUCGACAGGCAAGCCAAAAGGGAUCUUGCUCUCACACUCCGGCUAUUUGCACCACGUCCAAGCAUUCAGUCACACGAUGCGGCUUCAAGAAGGCAAAGAAACAGUUCUUCACCAAUCAUCGUACGCGUGGGAUAUGUCCCUUUACCAGAUAUUUGUUUGUCUCUGCAAUGGCGGAACCCUGGUCAUUGCCAAUAUUUCUACUAGGGGCGAUCCCGUCGCCAUUGCCGGUCUCAUUGCAUCGCACAACGUGACUACUACUUUUGCCACGCCAACGGAGUAUCUGGCAUGGAUUCGGCACGGUCGUUCUGCGCUGCAGCAUUCAAAGCUGAUCAUGAGCAUAUCUGGCGGAGAAUUCGUAUCUGAUGCUCUGAUCAAGGAGUUUAACUCGCUUCAGAAAUCCGACUUGAAGCUCAUCAACGUCUAUGGUCCUGCAGAGAUCUCUCUGGCAUGCUCUAUUGGCGAAGUACCAUACACCACAGUGCGCCAAAACCACUCUGACAACGCCUCAUGGCUAUACACUUUGCCAAAUUACUCGGUUUACAUCGUGGAUCAAGACUUGAAACCUGUUCCAAUUGGAGUGACCGGUGAGGUUGUUGUCGGUGGCGCAGGCGUUGCACAGGGUUACCUUGAGGAUGACAAGACCGUUAAACGCUUCAUUUUCGAUCCACAUGCGAGCCCCUUCUUCCAAGCACAAAAAUGGACCAAGGUCUUUCGUACAGGCGACUGGGGGCGGCUCACGCAAGAUGGCAGCCUGGUCUUGCUGGGGCGCAUCGACGGUGACAAUCAGAUUAAGCUUGGAGGCAUUCGUAUCAACAUGGAAGAAAUUGAGACUGCCAUUCUUCGCGCUUCGGGUCAUAAAAUUUCCCAAUCCGUGGUAUCACCUCGUUCCACUAUCCAGCACGGCGAAGUUCAGACCUACCUCGUCGCGUUCGUGGUGUUGGCCGAGACGGAAAAGCCUGAACAUACGAACGAAAUCCUCGCCCAACUCGCAAAGGAUUUGGCAUUACCCCAGUACAUGCGACCGGCAGCCAUAGUACCUGUUUCUUCCCUUCCACAGAACGCGUCCGGAAAGCUAGAUCGACUUGCUAUUAGCAAACUUCCCAUUCCCACAUUGGAAUCUCGACAAAGCAGAGAUCAGAGAUACGCGCCGCUUGAGGAUACUUUGCGCCAGCUUUGGCAAGAAGUGAUUCCACGAGACGUUGUCUCGCGCCACCUCGUGGGCUCCGCAUCGGACUUCUUCCAUGUUGGUGGCAGUUCGCUCUCGUUAGUGACUCUGCAGGCUCUUUUGAGGGAUCGCUUGGGAGUCUCGAUUCCCUUGCAUCAACUCUUUGAAUCGAGCACUCUCCAGGGCAUGGCUCACCGAGUUCAGAAUGUUGCUGCGGCUGAUCGCUGCGUUCAAGUUGAUUGGGAAGAAGAGAUUGAGUCCUUGAUCGCCUCUUCUUCAAGCCACUUGGACAUCGACACUCAGAUCGCCCCUCGUGCGGGCAAAAUCGGUGGUAUUGACUGGAGCAACUGGCUUCAUCGGAAGUCCCAAUUGUCUCCGAUUUUCAAUGGCCCAAAGGUCCGUGUAUACCGGGGCGAUUUGGGGGCUUCUCAACUUGGUCUUUCGGAUUCCGAUGCAGCAUCCAUCUUCCGCCAAGCGGACGUGAUCAUCCACAAUGGAGCCGAUGUGUCCUUCAUGAAGACGUAUCAGUCUCUCAAGUUGACCAACGUGGCCUCGAUCAUGGAGCUUGUGAAGCUCUCCUUGGCCCGGCAUAUUCCUUUCCACUUCAUCUCAUCGGCAAGUGUCACGCGCCUCUCUGGCCAGGAUAGUUUCGGAGAAAAUUCUCUGGCCUCGUAUUAUCCACCUUCCAUUCCUGAUGAUGGGUACGUUGCAGUGAAAUGGGUGGGCGAGGCAUAUGUCGAGCGUUGCAAUCAACAAUUCAAACUCCCGGUUUGGAUCCACCGCCCGUCUAGCGUGAUGGGAAGUGACGCACCCGAACUUGACCUGAUGAGCAACAUGAUGAAAUACUGUCAGCAAACCCAGAAAAUUCCAGACUCGGGAUCAUGGUCUGGGGUUUUCGAUUUCAUUGCUGUACAGUCUGUUGCUUCUCAAAUCAUAGAUGCUGUUCAUCUGUCAGAGGAGAUUCAAGCCAUGAUGGAAUCGGGUACGGGGCAUCGGGUCGAAGUGGUUCCACUGAACGAAUGGAUUGAUCAUGCUGAAGGUGCGGGAAUGAGCCACUUGCUGGCCGUUUACUUGCGCAAGGUCGCACAUGGACAGAUCCAUUUGCCGAAUUUGUUGAAAGGACGGAAUGAUACCAUUCAUGACUGA